UGUUUAUAUAAUGAAGAAUUAUGGGGCUGUUUGAUCGAGGUGUUCAAAUGCUUUUAACCACGGUUGGUGCUUUCGCUGCCUUCAGUCUGAUGACCAUUGCUGUGGGAACCGACUAUUGGCUCUACUCCAGAGGGGUUUGCAAGACCAAAAGUGUCAGUGAGAAUGAAACCAGCAAAAAGAACGAGGAAGUUAUGACCCAUUCUGGAUUAUGGAGAACCUGCUGCCUAGAAGGGAACUUCAAAGGUCUCUGCAAGCAAAUCGAUCACUUCCCAGAGGAUGCAGAUUACGAAGCUGACACAGCAGAAUAUUUCCUCCGGGCUGUGAGGGCCUCGAGCAUCUUCCCGAUCCUGAGUGUGAUUCUGCUCUUCAUGGGUGGACUCUGCAUCGCAGCCAGCGAGUUCUAUAAGACUCGACACAACAUCAUUCUGAGUGCCGGCAUCUUCUUCGUGUCUGCAGGUCUGAGUAACAUCAUUGGCAUUAUAGUGUACAUAUCUGCCAAUGCCGGAGACCCCUCCAAGAGCGACUCCAAAAAGAAUAGUUACUCCUACGGCUGGUCCUUCUACUUCGGGGCCCUGUCCUUCAUCAUCGCCGAGAUGGUCGGGGUGCUGGCCGUGCACAUGUUUAUCGACCGGCACAAACAGCUGCGGGCCACAGCCCGCGCCACGGACUACCUCCAGGCCUCCGCCAUCACCCGCAUCCCCAGUUACCGCUACCGCUACCAGCGCCGCAGCCGCUCCAGCUCGCGCUCCACCGAGCCCUCACACUCCAGGGACGCCUCCCCCGUGGGCAUCAAGGGCUUCAACACCUUGCCGUCCACGGAGAUCUCCAUGUACACCCUCAGCAGGGACCCCCUGAAGGCCGCUACCACGCCCACCGCCACCUACAACUCCGACAGGGAUAACAGCUUCCUCCAAGUUCACAACUGUAUCCAGAAGGAGAACAAAGACUCUCUCCACUCCAACACAGCCAACCGCAGGACCACCCCCGUAUGAAGCCCAAGGGGGCCUCGCCGGCGCCGCCCAGAGCCGGGAGGAGGGGCGCGGCCCG